ACCUCUCCCUGCCACAACUCAACCUCCCAUCGCUCAGGCCCACCCACCAAAUAUACCUAUCUUCCGAUCCGAUCGCAAUGACCGACGAGAACAAGAAACUAUACUUCAGCGGGAAUACCAACAGCUUUAACGUGAGCAAUAGCUACAAUGACGGGGGUACAUACCGGAGAGAUGGCAAAUCUGCGGGGUCGAUGUACAUGCCCCCGAGCUUCCCAUUUCUAGCGAGCGGCUUCGAUCCCGCCAAAUUUAUGAGCCAACUUGGGGAUAUCGGCGCCAUGAAUAGUGGUAAUAACGGCCAGCGGAUUCCGAUGAUGACGCAGAAUAUCAUCAAUGGAGUUUUGGCACCUGGCGGCCCUAUCAGCCCCGUGGUUCCGGAGUGGAAAAUGAAUGUGGGAAUCGGACACGGAACCUUCGGGGCGGUGUUUUUAGAACAGGUGGAGGUGAACCGCCAUGGAACUAGCGAACACGAAUUAUGGGCCGUUAAGAGAAUCCCGAAAGGUGUUCAUAGUUUUCCUGCCGAGCGAUAUAUGGAGGAAAUUGCACUUUUGGGGGCGUUAAAGCAGGUAUGUGAACGGGUCCCAUAAGGCGGGUAGAAGAUAUCUUUAGGAUGGAAUUUUUAACAUCCCGCAGAAUGAACUAUUCGUCAAGUUUAUCAAACAUACCGAGGACAGCCAUCAUGUCUACAUUGCGAUGGAGUAUCUACCGCUAGGUGAUAUGUCAAAAACCUUCGCGGAUCAGUACAAAUGGGGCGAAGAUGAUGUGCACGUCGUAAUGGAGCAGAUACUGAUGGGGGUGGCGGUAAUGCACAAAGAGGGAAUCGCCCAUCGCGAUCUUAAGCCAGAGGUCUGUUAUUCCCCAAGGCAGCGGUCACGCCCUCACUUCACCCAGCCAGCAACGUUAAUAUACUAACUAAUACAACCAGAACGUAUUUCUUUGGCUGCCAGACCCAGACCAGCCGGUCCUCCGUGUAAAAAUCGGCGACUUCGGCACCUCGAAACGGGUCCCUGUGAACAACAACUCGACAUUCCUCAACACGACCACAGGCACGUGCUCGUACAUGGCUCCGGAGGUCGACGGGGACGAAAACCAAACGGUCUACACGCGAAAAGUCGACGUGUGGUCAACGGGUUGUAUUCUGUACAGAGCCGUCACCGGAAGCGUCCCUUUCAAGAGCAGACAAGAUGUCUGGCGGUACUCCAUCGGGAACAAAUUCCCACCGGCUGGCGCUGAAAGCAUAGGGCUUAGUCAAGAUGCAAUUGGCUUCUUGGCCGCAGCCUUACAACCGGACCCGAAGAGCCGACCGAUGGCUGAGGAAUGCUUGAAGCUGCCCUGGAUUACCAACAAGCAGUCGUCGCCCCAUUUCCGCAUCAGAGCUGACCUUCACAAAAGGCUCCGGACAAGACAAAUUGCUGAUCUGGCGAAACUGAAUGCCAAAAUUAAGGGGGAAACUUCUGACUGAGCGCGGUGUGAGGUGUCAACCUUAUGCCUUUGUUUUCCUUUUCUUUUUUUUGUAUUUGCGCUGAGACGAUACCUCCCCAUAUGAUACUCCCUAGUGUUUCUUGUGCGUGUUAUAGGGGCCAGUUAGUGCUAGGUUUUUUUUUUCGCUAUUCCUCUCUUUUCUCCUUCGCUCUUUUUUUCGGAAAAAUUUCUACACUUUUCUAUAAUACUAUUCUUCAGUCGCUACAAACUCAUGUUCUUGUACACCUGGGAACUUCGAAUCCCGCAUAUCAGAACGGCAGACACGAGCACUGAGCCGUUUUAAUUUUUACCGUGCAGAAUACCCCUCAGUUCACCUCCGCCAGUGGAGGAGCCCGGGGGAGGGGGUAGUGCACGUAGGAAAACAUCACCAAAACCAGCGGUUUCCCAUCCAUAAUCACUCAACGAGCCUAAGCCCCAUCCCGCAGGAAGGGAAUGGAUUAAUGUCAACUCGUGCUAGAUAUCGCGAACGAGUUCUUGGGUAUGAUAUCCCUCCAUCAGUGCAGCAUGACAUCAAAAGGUAUGGAUUCAGGGUACCUACUAGGACAACAAUUUUGUAUGGGAAAGAAACCGGUAUGUUGGCACCUUGCAAAAGACCUUCCGUACUCCACUUCGAGCAUCGAUCAUUCUAUCAUAGAUGGCCCCUAUGGGGUGUAAUAUAGGAAAUUCGGAAAACCUAUACGGUAUACCCUAGGCUACUUCAGAAUAGGGGAACUACCGAUAUCGUAUGAUCGCUCAACAGCAGAGCCUCCAUUACGUUCCGUGCUUGGCCGGAUGCAUUGAGCUCAGCCCGCGGCCGCCGCCAAGUUGUGGGGCUAGGGGGUGGUGACACAACCUAGUUGGUGACGCCAGAGCCUCAUUCCGUCUCACUUCUUCGAGAAGCGCAAAACUGAAGAUGUCGGGGUGGAGCCAAGCCUGACUCUCCUUGCAAGGUUGGGGUGCCGCUCCGACAGUGGGAUUCUAUCGUAUUAAUUUGGAAGAGAGUUCUUUUUGUCUCAGGACGCCUUAUUCCCUUUCAAGGAACGAGCCGUUUUAUUUUGCUGGUAUUUUCCCGCAUCCUACUCGAGUAGUCAAAACUGGAAACCCAGACGUCCCGAGACACACUGAUCUUAACCAAGUUAAAAUGGGUUACCGCCAGCCAGGGCGGAGUCUUUUUUCUUUCAUAUAAAACAAAAAACCAGGCUCAUGGUCCAAACGGGAGUCGGUUGGUUGGGCCUCUCCUUUGUUUUUCGCUUCUUUCUUUUGCUGGGCAAGGCUACCAUGUGUCCAGGUGCUCUGAGAAGUCUCACGCUGUACCAUGUAAGUAAACCGCGAAUAUUUCGCGCACAAGCGCUUGGCCCUCGUCCGGAGAUAGCGAAUCACAAGAACUCUUGUGGUGUCAUAGUGCAAAAACAAACGACUCAAUAAUUGGAGAAAAACAUAGUGGGGACUCUAAUGCCGAAUUUUCACAAGAGUUGGGAACCCCACGGAGGGAUGGACAAGUUUUCCGAGUGAGUGUUCGUGAUUUCAGCCAGCCUCGUACUCGUACACGAGUGACCAAUAAGCUUGAUGGAUGAGAAAUGCAAUGAAUUAACUUGUAUCUGGCUCCGUAUCUGAACGCAGAGCCCAGAGCCUUCUUCUAAGUUCCAGAACCAAACCUUUCUUCCGGAGUCCAUCUUAAAGAGAUAGGGAGUUUGCUCGAUCGCCCUAGAAGUUGCCAGCCAGAUCGCGAACUUGGAUUGACUGCUGUGGCAUCAUCGUCUUGUAAGCCCGGUUUCCGGGUGUUCAAAUCUUAGCUGAAAUAGAGAUCCUUUGAGGGUGGCCUUGGGAGGGUGGGGCAACAGGGCCCUUGUUUCUUGCUUGGAGUUACUUGGUUUCUUGGCACCUUGCCCUGCAGAUCCAAUCCACCACCAAUCCCGCUUGCUUCAGGGACGACAAAAAAAAGGUCUUUUAUCCGGCAUGAUCCAAGCAGUGCUACCGACACCUAGUUCUGUACCCACACCGAGAAGGUGGAGGUACUUGUAGCUUGAGCCACACCGAUUUUCUUAAAACCACAGGUUACGGAUAACGAAUAAUUAAGCAUAGGGGCGAGUAAUCCUGGCCUAGGGCUAUCAAGACUCAGGGGCGUCAGGCGGUGGGAAGCGAUGCACGUGAAUGGCUUCUUUACCAAUCCAUCUGCAAAUAUUCACCCCUCUACCACAAGCGUUUCCGGGGGUCAGAAUGAUUGAAGAACACUAGACGCCCAUCCAAAUAUAUCCCUACCAACGGUGUCAAAUGAUUAAAUAAGGAGAAAUCUUACCAGUGCCCACAUUUAAUGGGACCCUAAUUGAGUAGUGCAUUUACUAACCGCCCCUCAGUUGGGCAGUUGAAAUAUAGAUCUUUCUAGGUUGGUGGAAGCAGUUCCUUCUAGGCUUUCCCACAAAGAAGAAGAACCCACCACUAUACCAUACUCCAUCCAAGGUUUCCUCAAUAAUAUUCCAUCCAGUGAAAUCCGAAAUACUAUCCUAUUUUUCCUUGCCCUUAAGUACUACCCCCUUCCCAUAACCGCUCCGGAGCAUCCUGGCUACAGCACACACCCCGCCGCAAAAUCGAAUCCCCAUCCUCAAAAUGUCGAAAGCUACAAGAUUCACAGGAGUAUUCCCCCCUCCGCUCAUUAUUGUUGUCCUUGAUACUAAAUUACCAAUAACCUAGAUCCACGCAAUAAUCCUCAUACUAGCGUUGAUCGCUGUUUCAAUGAUCGCUAUAACAUUUCUAAUACAUAGGCGCCGAGAAACGAAGCGGCGGAAACGGGGGUCGAGAAAGGGUCAAUCUGGCGAUUUGGAGGGUAGUGGUGGUGCGAGUGGGGGUGUUGCGGGAGGUGGUGAUAUAGCCGAGGGGAGCGAAGGGGACGACAAACAGUCGGAACCUGGAACGUGAUUUGUUGGGUGGUGCGAUGAAUAGUUUCACGAACGGGACGGACAACCGUUAGAUAGAAUUUGGCGUGGGGCUGAUUUGAGACCAAGGAAUCGCUUGGUUGUUGGGGGUUUUGAACACCAAAGGUGUCAGGAGGUAUGGUUGGUUUGAAGGGUAAUGAUCGAUCUUGUUUUUUAGAUGCUUUGUUAGCUUGAAUGAUGGGGUACCAUAUUCCACCGUGAUCAUGUGUGCGUCCUUCUCCUAGGGGAUUGCCCCCGGAGGAUAUAUCGAGAUUAAUCCUGAGAAAGCGGUAUUGGGCCGGAGGGGCGAUACAUCGAGCGGCUAUACUCAAGUAGAAGUUUUUUUUCGUUAGUUCCGUGGUAUUUUUCUUAUUGUUUCUGGGCACUAUACAGGUGGGGUAAAUGGCUGGCUACUUCCCUAGGGCAUAGUAUGUUGCUGGCAUCUCAUACUAUCAUAAUACAGCAAAAACAGCCGAAAUCGAGGAGAAAAGGGCACUAGUUAAAUUUUAUACUCCCCAUGCGGACCCCCUCGUGAAUUUUUAUAUGAGUAUAUCUAGAAGAGGCUAAGGAUCUAAAAACUUAAAAGCCUAGGUAGCAUUCUAUCAAUUGAGCUGCUUAUCUACUAGGUCAUUCUGUACAUCGGCGGUCAAAGUUUCAGCAUAAACACCAAAAGUUUAUGAGUGACUAUAGGAAAGGUCCUCGAUUGGGGAACAGUUGACAUAAGGCGUUCGUGCACAGCCUGAAUCCGGAGGAGAAUUCCCAAGACUCAAAUAUGUUGCAGGUAAUGAGCAAAACCUCUUAUCCCAAGGAUUCGUUAACACUUGGGUAGCGCGUCAUAGUAGGUCUAAAGCGGCGAUAAACCACGCGACACCCGCUUCCUCGUCACUCACGCUAACCCUUAUCGUACACUACUCGUUCAUCUUAGCCUGAGGGCCUGUUUGGCAAGAAAAAUGGGAUUUUCAUAAUAUUGCAAUAGAAAUAUUUAACAUUGGACUCUUUUGGUUAUAGCUCAACUUGAAAGCCCCCUUCAAGAAUUCUGUUUUCACCACAACGGUCAGAAAGGCAGAUGCUAUCUAGAUAUGGGGGGGUUUUUUUUGAUGCUCGUUGGUUAAAAGGAUUUGAGUUUUAUGACGUCAAAGAUUGAGAGUUUAAGAAAAGUGUUAGGGGCUGUUUGGCAACUCGUAGUUUGAAAUUAUCGUAGUUACAAACCAUGGUCCUGCAACCGUAGUUUGUUUGCAGUUACAAACUGUGGUUUGAAACUGUGGUUUACCAAACAGUACCUGUAGUUUGGGAAUUAUCAAUUUAAAAACUUGGUUUACUAGUGUAGUUGAAAUAAUAUGGAGUGAAAUAAAAUAUUAACUUAAAGAAAAUGUAAAAAGCUCAUAUAUCUAUCCAUUUACCAAUUAUUCAAAAAUUUUGUUAGAUUAUUUAUAAUUUUAUAAAAUUAAAAUUAAUUUACCAAUCAACUGUACAUUAAAAUAAAAUUAAAAAAAAAUAACAUUGCUGAAAGUUUCAACCAUGGUUUGGAAAAUUUACAAACUGUGAUUUGUAAAGUCAUGUUUACCAAACAGCCCAAAGUUACCAACCAUGGUUUGAGCCCCCAAACUGUAGUUUGAAAGCCCAACUAUGCUUUGCCAAACAGCCCCUAAUUUUUUCGUAUGGUGGCGUGCCAAAGUAGCCCUGAAACUUGAUUCUGCACUCGCCAUAGUACUCGUGAGGCCCUCCCAUGGCGAGAGGGGGGUUCCCGUGAUAUACCUUUUAACAUCAAUACCUCCAAGUGUCCUCUUGAACAAAAACAUAGCGGCAGACCAAGCAAUUUCACCUUAUUUACUUUUCGCCCUUUUA